AUGAUUAGAUCUUUUGCAACAGAUGAAACAGAUGAAUUGCCUUUGUCGGGUAUUGUCACACACGGGAACACGCGUUUUCGCCGGCUUACUGAGAUGGCUGACGACGAAAGGGAAAGAUCUCGUAUCCUGCGACUAUUUGAGGAAGCAUCUUCUGGGGAAGAAUCCUCAAAGGACCCGUUUAGCGACCAAGAUGGAGAGUACGGAUCUGAUCCAAAUUAUGAUUUUGAAAACGAUGUUUGUUACUGUUUUUGA